AUGAUAGAUGUCAACAGCAAGGUAAAUAGUAAAUCAACCAUCUAUAAUGUGAGCCACAAAGUCGAAACCUACCUCCAAGAAACCAUUGGAGACAGCUUAAGUGGUAGAAAUGUAAUACAAACCAUAAAAACUAUAAAAACAAAGAUCAAAAAUGAUAAUUUAAUAGUCAGCAAAGCAGACAAAUGCAACUCUUUAGUAAUCUUGAAAGAGUGUGAAUACAAUCAAAAAGUGAAGGACUUUUUAGAUAACAAUGAAAUUGAGGAAUGCAAAAAGAACCCUGUCCCAACCCAAAAUAAUCAUUUUAGAAAACUAGUUGAUAGUUGUAAAGAACUUACUGAACACCCUAAAUUAUUGAUUGAGAUGAACCCUAGAAUCCCCGUCCUUAAGGGUUAUGUCAAAAUACAUAAAGCCUCAGAAUCUAUGGACAUUAGAGACGUACCCAUAAGACCAGUAGUCUCAACCAAAGGAUCAGUCACUUAUAAAUUAGAAAAAUUUUUAAUCUCACUGUUUAAGAAACACACCCAAUGGAAGGCAGAAUACUCAAUAAAAAAUUCAACAGAAUUAACAGAAAAGCUCAAGAAGGUACGCCUGCCUAACAAUGCAAAAUUAAUAUCCUUAGAUGUAGAGAACCUAUUCAAUAAUGUAGACGGGGGCACAGCCGUGCUACAAACUAAAAACAUCCUAGAGACACACUCAAAGUUUUCCAGAAAAGAAAUAUCAGAAUUCUGUAAACUCCUCCAGUAUACCACCACUAAUAACUAUUUUGAAUACAACCAAACAACCUUCAAACUGAAAGAAGGACUGCCUAUGGGAGCGCCCAUCUCCCCCCUGAUGGCUGAAGUAUUUAUGGAUGAUAUAGACCAUAAAAUAGUCAC